AUGCCCGACGUGUCCCUCCGCAGAGACGCGACGAUGGAGCGCUUGGCCGACCAUCGGCCCUUCCCGCCGUUCGUGCGCACCAGCGCCUGCCGUAGCCUCUUCGGCCCAGUGGACCACGAGGAGCUGCGCAUGGAGGUGCAGGCCCGCCUGGCCGAGCUGCACGCCGAGGAGCAGCGUCGCUGGGACUACGACUUCGAGCUAGACAUGCCCCUGCCGGGCCCCGGACGUCUGCAGUGGGUGGAGGUGGACAGCGACUCUGUGCCCGCCUUCUACCGCGAGACGGUGCAGGUGGGGCGCUGCCGCCUGCAAGUGGCGCCCCGCGGGCCGCGCGUCGCCAUCGCCGAGAUUGCGGCCGCGGACGCCACUGACUUUUUCGCCAAACGCAAGAGACCUGUGCCCGAGAACAAGUCUCCGCCAGGCGAGGUCUCCCCGGGCUGUCCUGCGCCCGGCGCUCCCGCCGCCGUCGGUGCGGCGGAGCAAACUCCGCGUAAGCGGCUGCGGUAA